UCAAUGUUUUCCAGUCUUUAGAAAUUAAUUCGAUCAAUAAAAAUGGAUAUUACCAGGCAUAAUUUCAAGGAAACGUAUGAAAUUGUUGAAAAAGCAGUUUCAGAAGCAAAUUUUGUUGCCGUGGAUGGUGAAUUUUCUGGAGUUACUAAUUCAACGUUCAAUUUGACUAAUUACGAUUCACCUGAAGAAAGAUAUCACAAGUUAAAGCAUAAUGUCGCUGAUUUUUUACUUAUGCAGUUUGGUUUGGUAACCUUUAAGUGGAACCCUGAAAAAGAGGAAUAUAUCGCGGAAGCAUUCAAUUUUUAUAUUUUUCCUUUUCGAUCUUCUGGAUCAGGAAUUCCUGACAGAAUAUUUUCGUGCCAAGGAUCAAGUAUAGAUUUUCUUACUGCGCAAAAUUUUGAUUUCAAUAAAGUAUUUCACAGUGGAAUUUCAUAUCUAAGAUCAGCAGAAGAAGCAUCAAUGCGUGCAGCGUUAAAUGAAAAACACAUCAUGAGAUUACAGAAUUAUAAAUCACCAAGAAAAAGUUUGGAAAACAAUGGAAACUCGACAUCGACAGACACAAGUCCCGCGGGAAGUCCAACUGUUAUAUCUGAUCCCAAAACACAAGCAUUUGUUGAUGGAAUAAAAGCCAAAAUUGAAACAUUCUUGAAAACAUCAAAUGAAGGCGGUUCAUUAGAAUUAGAACCUUGUAACAGUUAUUUAAGAAAGAUUCUGUAUGAAACCAUUCCAACAAUGUUUCCUGAACCUCUUGCAUUAGAAGCUCACGUUAAUGAAAAAACAAAACAAAGGUAUCUCGUAGUUUUGCGUGUUGGAAGUCCAGAAGCUAUGCAACAACGGAAAGAUCAAGCGAGAGCAAAGGAUGAAGCAUUAUUACAAGACUCUAUUGGUUUCUCUCGAAUUAUCCAACUUCUUACUCGAAGCCAGAAAUUAUUGAUUGGACAUAAUAUGUUAUUGGAUUUGAUGUUCACGACUCAGCAAUUUGUUCGACCUUUACCGCAAACUUUAGAAGAAUUUAAGUCAUUAUUAAGUUGCACUUUUCCAAAAAUUGUUGAUACAAAACUCAUGGGAAGUAUGCUGCCAUUUCGGGAAUUAAUUUUUUCAACUGCACUUGGUGAAAUGCACAACAGGUUGGCAAGUCAUCCUUUCUGUAUUCCUGACAUAAUUCCUCCCGACAAGUAUGAUCCUUCUAAAUCAGAUCAUAACAUGGACAUAAAUUUACAUGAAGCGGCAUAUGAUGCAUAUAUUACAGGUGUUUCAUUUUUGUCGAUGCUCAAUUUCUUGUCAUCAUUUAGAAAACAGGGAAAAUCUCAAGCUCUUGCUAAUCCAUCAUCUGAUGUUAUUUCACCAUACAUGAAUAAGGUUUUUCUGAUGAGGAGUCCAGACAUCCCAUAUCUGAACUUAGCAGGUAAUGAUUUAACACCAUCUCGAGCCCAUGUUUUUCAUGUACAAUUUCCACCAACCUGGCGAGCUAACGAUGUUCGAAUGUUGUUUGGUCCAAUCGGAAGUGCUGUCUAUAUAUCUUGGAUCAAUGAUGUGCAAUGUUUUGUUGGACUUCAUGACAAAUCACAGGCAAAACAGGUGAAGAAACUUCUGAUCAAGCCUGGAGGUGUGGAUUCAAAUCUUUAUACAGUUCGAACUUAUGAAGAAUACCAGCGCGAUAUUGCUGGUCAAAUAUUCUUGACCCCAACCACAUUCAAACAUAGCUACAAUCCUGCAACAUACUCAAGAAAUAAGGUGUGGCGUCCCAACAAUGGUACAACUGCAGUUUCCACUACAAGUGGUACCAGCAUUGUACAGCCAACUCCCAGCUCAGGGACUGAUACUCCAAAAUCACUAAUCGCAAAUCGUAAAAGAUCCGGUGAGGAAUCAACUGCAGUAAAACCUCUGUCAGUUCGAAGAAUCUCAUCAACAUCUAAUUGUUUCAACUCAUUAGACAUUGAUGAGCCAGAUGUAAAGAGAAAGCGCUCUCAAGACUCUGCUACACCUAUUGAUGUGGAUGCAUCCACUUCAAUUGCAAGGACUGAUCUCCCAUCACUGCUGAUUUCAGACACUGAUCCAAAAGAUGAAGAAAUGGAUAAGGAUUCAGUUAAGGAGCCCUCUGUUAGUUUUGAAGUUCCAAGCAACUGGGGCUGAGUAUUUCAGUAGCUAUAACAGGUUUGUAUAUCAUCAUUCGACGGCCAGCUGCCAAACAUGUUUUUGGUGUGCUUUAUGCUUCUCUAGUUACGAAAGAUUUGAUCCAUGCCUAACAAUUUGAAUUAGCUGAACUGCACCAUGUUAUGAUUGUUCAGCAACGAUUUGUACCGUUUGGUGCAUAUAAAUAAACAUGAUUCCAAUAAAAGUUCCCCACUUUAGGAUACCAUCUA